UUGAAUGUCUAUUUGUUGUUUCUCUUAUAUUUCAGACACACAAGCAAUGAAGAUCAACCAGACAAUCCUGAAGGAAUUCAUCCUUGUGGGCUUUUCCAUUUACCCACAUGCACAGACAUUCCUCUUUGUGGUCUUCUUUUGCCUCUACCUUCUCACCCUUGCAGGUAACCUGGCCAUCCUGGUUCUGACUUGGGUGGACAGGUCUCUCCACACCCCUAUGUACAGCUUCCUUCGUGCACUCUCCUUCUCUGAGACCUGCUACACACUGGCAAUUAUUCCCAAGAUGCUGCAAGACCUACUGGUCAAGGACAGAAGUAUUUCAGUCACAGGCUGUGGCUUACAGAUGUGUUUCUUCUUGGGACUUGGUGGCACAAACUGUAUCAUCCUCACAUUGAUGGGGUAUGACCGCUUCCUAGCCAUCUUUAAUCCUCUAAGAUAUCCAUUGCUUAUGACCAACAGCAUAUGUGGAAAACUUGUGGCUUCUGCUUGGGCUGGAGGCUUCUUUAUCUCUCUGGUAGAGACGGCGCUGAUAUUCAGGGGCUCUUUCUGCAGACCUAACCUCAUCAAACACUUCUUCUGCCACAUGCGGGCAGUUGUCAGGCUGUCCUGUAUAGACAGUGACCUCACAGAAUUCAUUGUAACGGUGAUCUCAGUGGCAGGCUUGCUGGGUACUUUUCUGCUCAUCAUCCUGACUUAUGUUUUCAUUCUUUCGACUGUCCUCAGGAUCCCUUCAUCUGAGGGCAAGCAUAAGGCAUUUUCCACCUGCACCUCCCACCUCACAGUGGUCAUCAUCCACUUUGGUUUUGCAUCUAUUGUUUAUUUGAAGCCACAAGCCUCAGGGGCAGAUGACACACUGAUAGCAGUCCCUUAUACUGUUGUUACUCCUUUACUCAGCCCAGUCAUAUUCAGUCUCAGAAAUAAGGACAUGAAGGAUGCUUUUAUAAAGAUGAUGGGAAGGACACUUGCCUUGACAAAAUAA